AUGUUCCAGCAAAAAUUGGAAGCAGGAGAUGCAGAAAAUUGCAGGAUGGAAGUCAUUUUCCUUGCUAGAGAUUUGCGCGGGAUAUGUUAUGCGCUAUCUCAUAAUUAUUCGUAUUCUAUUUUUAUUUCAUGGAUACAAUCGAAAUAUUUAUCUAUGUUGAUACAAUGCUUUAAAAUAUAUUAUGAUGAUGCUGUUGUUUGUUCUUCGUUAUUCCGCUUCUUUAUUGAAGCAACUACUAAUCGAUAUCAGCGUCUUCACUUCGAUGUAACGUCGCCUAAUGGAAUUUAUUUAAUGAAGGCUAUCUGUAGUGCUUGUGUUGUAUACGGUUCUCGUGCUAUUGGACACACUGUUUCUACUGACUCUUCGGAUUAUUAUGUAAAAAAAAUAAAAUUGACCUCAUAUUCAUUAACACUGUUAAAUACGGCUCUUAAUUCAAAAUAUACUAAUCUGGCACUUUUUGCUGUUUAUAAUGACAGCUGUCUUUUUGAUGCACUCUUGUCAAACUUGAAUCUCGUUCUAUCUAUUGAUAUCAAUUUUAUUAUUGUAUCAUUGGAAUAA